GAGGUGGUUAGAUGGAGAAAGUGAUAACAUUGAAUUUAGCAAUGAAUAUAAAUGAAGCCACCAAGAACAUAUAUGAGAAAAAUAGCUCAGAAGAGGUAGAAGAUACAUGAAAAGAAAUGAUUCCACCUGUUGCAAAUUCAAUUCACGUAUCAACUUCAAGGCCAAAGCUUGAUCUUUGUGGUGUAGCUAUUCAAGGGGAUUUUGAAGAAAGAGAUCUCACCAUUCUUUUGCCUAAUCGAUCUGAUGAUACGUCACAAUUGGCUUUUGACAUUGGAGGGUCUCUCAUAAGCUCUGAAAUCGUUGGUGAAGUAAGGUGGAGUAGAAAGAUGGCUUUUACUUUUGGAACUAAGAAGCCUAAGCUCCCUGAGAAGACAUACCUUUCAGACUCUGACUCCGAUGAUGAUGCAUUUGACUUUAGCUUCUUGGAUUUUUCUGAAGAAACUUUCAAAGCCCCAUCAAAACUAUGUGAUGAUCCUUUUCUUAACUGA